AUGGCGAUGAAGAUGGUGGGUUUGGAGUCUGGGUUGACUUGGAUUAUGAAGGUUUUGGGUUUGGAAGUGGGUGUGGGUGAGGGUGUGGAGGCGGUGGAUUUGUCGGGGUUUGUGGUUAAGGUGGUGGUGGUGGUGGGGCUUCCGAUUUGGUGGAAAAGAAAUAUAGUUCGAAAGAAAGAUCGAUUUUGGGAGUGUGUUGAAAAACAAAAUAAUGGUUGUUUCAAAUGUAAGUAUUGUGAAAGUAUUUUUGCUGGGGGUGCUCCAAGGAUUAAAUAUCACUUGGCUGGAGCUAAAGGUCACGAUAUUAAUAUUUGUACAAAAGUGCCUAAAGAGGUCCAAGAGGAAGCUUCUCUAACAAUUGGUGAACCUAACAAAAAACUUAAGGGUGCAUCAACUUCAAACAAGGAUAAGGAGAGGGAAAUCAGCUCAACUUCAAUAUCAAAGGAUGACAUCUUAAGCGGAGUGUUUGAAAAGAGUAAGGCAGAAUACAUAGCUGAAAUUUUACUUGGUGUUUUUGUGGAGGGACUUCUAGCCAAGUUGAGAUCCAUUGUGAUAGAGCAACAUAUUAGUUUUGAGUUGGGUUUCAAGGAAGGGCUAACAGGCCUUUUUAGCUUCUUAACCCAAAUUCAACUUGUGUUAAAUGAUGUUGAGAAAAGACAAGCAAGUGAUGAGUUUAUGAGGAUUUGGUUAGCAAAGCUUAGAUAUGUUGCUUAUGACAUUGAUGAUGUGCUAGACGAGUUUGGCUAUAACAUUCUUCAGCAAAAGGUACUAAACUACUCUUCACCCUCUAAUGACAUUAUCAAUAUGGCAAACAAAAUUAAGAUCAUCUACGAAUCAUUAAAUAGACUUAAAGUUGACAUUGCUAGUUAUGAACUUCGAGCAGAGUUAGUGAAUUUGAUCCCUAAGAUUAGCUUUAACAUGGAGAUAGACUCCUUCCUUGAUGAUUCAAAAGUUAAUCAAAAUGUUGGAAAUAACACUGUUGAAGCAACCUAUUGUGAUAGAGUGACAGAAAUCACUGAGACUUUUACUCAAUAUGAAUUAACAGAAUAUGAUCGUUGGUUCAUAUUCAAGAAAAGAGCAUUUGCAAAUGAAAGACUUUUAACUCUAGAUUUGGAGAAAAUUGGAAAUGAGAUUGUUAAAAAAUGUAAAAGGGUUCCAUGGGCUGUAGAAUUUUUAGGGACAAUAAUGUACUUUAUACAUGAUAAAGAUUAUAACAUGAAAAAGGACAAAGUAAUUCAACAUUGGAUGGCUGAAAGGUUCCUUGAACCAUCUACAGAAGGUAAUACGGUGAUGGAAGAUAUUGGUAACACGUAUUUCAAUAUUUUGUUGGCUACUUCCUUUUUCCAAAAUGCUAGAAAGGAUGUCUGUGGUGAUAUUAUUAGUUGCAAAAUGCAUAAUUUGGUGCAUGAUUUUGCCAUUUCAAUUUCAAAAUCUGAAAUUCUAAUUUUGGAGGGAGAUUUUGUGGAUAAUAUUGAGGACUGUCCGAAUCUGAAAUCAAUUCCAGAUUUAGGAGAACUAUUUCAUUCUCUUAUUAAUUUAAAACUUAGCAACUCUCAUUAUCAAAGACUGAAGCUUUGGCGGCGAGAGGACCGCUUAAAGACUUCGGUAAUUGAAGAGUUGGAUGCUUUCCCAAGUCUGCGUUAUCCUUCCAUUCGAUCCUCGCACGCGUCCCUCAAAAAGCUAAGAUUGCGUGGGUGGCCUACACUCAACUCUCAGUUCUUGAUGGGCGAAAUUCGACACUUCACUGCCCUUGAAGAGCUGUGCAUAGAGAACUUUAACGGAAUGGAAGCUUUGUCGGAUUGGUUGAGCUAUCUUUCUUCUCUUCAAAACCUGUGUCUUUACUACUGCAAAAAGCUGAUGUCUCUUCCCAUUCCACACCUCACCAAUUUAAAGCAUCUGAACAUUGCUUUUUGCCCCAAUUUAGAGAAAAGAUGUGCAGAUGGGAGCGGCGCAGAGUGGUUUAAGAUUGCCCAUAUUCCAAACAUCAAAAUCAAUGGAAAAUACAUCCCAGAGAAGGAUUCUGAGGACUCUGAAGAAUUUGACGUCUCUGACUUUUAUGACUCUGAUUAG